CGCCUAGCAACAGCUGAGCACGGAAACAUGAACACUGUGGGUGACCGGGAGCUUCAGGCCAAGGAAUAUUUAGAAAAACAUCGGAUAAUGGAGCUGCUGAGCCAACUCACCAGCUUCCUCCUCUUUGAGCGACCAAAGAAACCAAGGGAGUACUUAAUCCAUCUUCUGGAACGGCUGAGGAUUGCCAAGGCAACGGGCGUAGCGUUCCCUUUCUUCAUGGAAAACUCUAACAUUGUGUCGAUGUUUGAGAUGAUGGACUCCUCUGGCAGAGGCUGCAUAUCCUUUGUGCAGUACAAAGAAGCCCUGAAGAACCUGGGUCUGUGCACCGCAGAUGAAGUUCUGCACGAUGACGGAUGUCUAAUAACUCUGGAUAAAUUCAGAGAUGAAGUCCUUUUAGGUGUCCCUAUUGCAUAUGAUAACAUCAGAGUUGUGGGUGAGCUGGGAGAUAUUUAUGAUGACCAAGGACACAUUCAUCUUAACAUUGAAGCAGAUUUUGUUAUUUUCUGCCCUGAGCCAGGGCAGAAAUUAAUGGGUACAGUUAAUAAAGUCUCCUCUAGUCAUAUUGGCUGUUUAGUACAUGGGUGUUUUAAUGCCUCUAUCCCUAAACCUGAGCAGAUGUCAUAUGAGGAGUGGCAGACCUUGGAGAUAAAUGUAGGCGAUGAACUGGAAUUUGAUGUAUUUCGCUUAGAUUCAGAUUCUGCUGGAGUCUUCUGCAUUCGAGGAAAACUAAAUGCCACAAGUUUGCAGCUUAAGAGCUCUGUAGUGUCUGAAGAUGUAGCAGAAACUGGCAUUGAAGAGGUUGCUGAAAAAAUUUCAAAGAAGAAAAAGAAAAAGAAGAAAGACGCAGAAGCAGAUGUAGUAGCCAACGGUGUCACGGAGCUAGCAGACUAUGCUGAUGCCACGCCAAGGGAAGAAACAGACAUACUGUGUGGAGAUUCUGUGAAUGACCUCUGUGAAGAAGAGCCAAGGAAGAAGAAAAAGAAGAAGAAAAGGCACCAGGAAGAGCAGGACCCAGCUCUCCAAGCCAGUGACUCCAGUGGCUAUCAGAGUGACCAUAAGAAGAAAAAGAAGAAAAGGAAACAGAGUACGGAGAUUGACUGCGUCACCUAAGGGGAGACCGUGACUGCCUUCUCCACUGUUGACAGACGGACAGUAGUGUAGACGGACAGGUUCUGUGGAAGGUCGGAAACGCUGAAAUGUGCAGGAAGUUCACAGACACGAUUCUAAUUGGAGAGUUUGUACUAAAAUCACAUGAGUGACUGUAAAUUUUAGAUAAUAGCAGUAUUGUUAAAGUAUGAUUUUAUUACAUACAGUAUAAAAUGUUAACACCUGCUUCCACUCCUGUGAUAAAUUAUGUUCUCAAUAUUUGCCAAAGAACUUUAUAAAUAUUUUCAGUUUUUUUCUGGUAAUAAAUUUUGCCUUUAGUCAGAA